UAAUGAUUAGCCCCCUCUCGUGGCUGAUUCUAGGGAAAAAACAAGAUGGCAGCGCCCAUAGACGGCAUUGAAUGUGAGUCGGACAGUCUGCAGAUUCGUCUUGAAUUUAGUGGUGGAGCAGAACUUCUUGUUGAUAAAAUAAAGCAGCAUGACAUCAUCCUAGAUACUUCAAAUGGUUCAAAGUGGAAUAUAAGAAGAUUGAUAUCGUGGAUCAAAGACAAUUUGCUGAAAGAGAGACCGGAACUCUUUGUCCAGAAUAACACAGUGAGACCGGGCAUAUUGGUUCUGGUGAAUGAUGCGGAUUGGGAGUUAGUGGGAGAAUUGGACUACACCCUUCAACCCAACGAUCGGAUAGUGUUCAUUUCAACACUUCAUGGAGGGUAACAGAACAACUGCACCAAAUCGUGACAUCAUUUCUAUAUCUAAGGCAGAGGGCCAGUUGCAGUAUGGCGAAUAUUGCCAUGGUAACAACUUGUGGUCUGAAAUAUUGGAUUGCGAGCUUCAAGAGAAAAGCAUUUACAUGAGUAAGUCAAGCAAUUUGGAGGUAAAUUGAAAUUGAAAUUAAACUAUCCCUUUCUGUCGUCUCUUCCAAAAAAAAAGUUUGACAAGAACAGAUCGAGCAAAAGCAACCUCCAAAAACAAAUACAGAAGUAAAAAUACCUGCAAAUAGGCACAAACCAGACAAGUCUCAAGACCCAAAGUAAAGCUACUUGUUUAUAGUUACCAUGUUCACAUGCACUUUAUAUUUGAUUAUAUAGUUGUUUUACAUUUCGUCAAAGAAAACAAAUUACAAAUUUCAGCCACAGAUUUUCCACUAAUUCACUUUUUUUUCAUUAUACACAUGAUAAAGGAGUGUUGAUGUAGCCUAUGUAAUAUACAAAGACUUGAUAAUUACAAUAUUUGGUUACAUUAAGAAUUUGUACACAAUGUAAAGAGAGAACGCUCUUCCUAGUUUGAUAACAAUGAGAAGAUCUUACAAUGCUUUCUGAAUCUACAUUUUCUGUUGCAGGCAUACAUGCAUGUCAUUGUCUUGAGUAAAACCAAUUGGUUUCAGAGAAAUGGACAAUUCUAUUUUAUAAAUGUAACAAGACUCUUUGAAUAGGGUUUGAAAAGGUACAUGUAGUUAUAUAUUUAGGUAAGGUAACCACUUUUUCAUAAACUUGGGUUCAGUUUGUUUGA